UGGAAGUGGUGUCAACCAGCAUUGUCCCAUGCUGCGCCAUGGCCCUGUGCGCUCCGCGCGCCACGCAGUCCUGGCGCUCACCUCGUGCCAGCACUUGGCGCGAACUCGGGCGGCGAGCGGCGUGAGCGAUGCAGAGCUAGUCUUCGGGAAGCUCUCUAAGACGAUUCACCGCGGAUUUAAGUUUGAUCGGAUGUUUCCCAGUGAUGACUUAGAUCCUGAAGCGCUGCUGGAGCUGGAUCAACUGGCCUUGACCAGUAUGAAGACCCAGGACGCGCCGCGGCCCGUGAUGGAGAAGAUCGUCCGGCUUUUGCGGGACUUUGGGCAGAAGAAGGACCUGGAGAGAUAUGGGCGGUACCUUCUGAAGCGGCAGCGCUCGCGCACGUCCGCAGAGAUCCCCAGCUUGUUGCCCAGUGCGUUUUUGCCGGAGAGCGAUGGGCCCGAUGGCCUCGUAGACAAGAUGAAGAAGAAUCCUGCUUACAAGGACCUCUUUGACCAUGCAGGCGUGGCCUCCAUGGACGACUCCAUGCUGAAGCGCCUGGCCAUCGCUCACAAGGAGGACCGGCGCCACGUGUUGUACCAGAUGUUCUGGUCGCCCGAGGCCGCCUUGACCUAUGUGGCGCAUCGCUAUCCAGCCACCUGGGCCGCGAACUUCCGCGUCCUGUACGAGCUGGCGCGCCGCGCGCCCGACUUCCGCCCGAAGCGCGUCCUGGACUACGGCGCCGGGCCGGCGCCGGCACUGGCGGCGGUGCAAGAGAUUUGGCCCAACUGCAUGGAGUACUGCACGGCGAUCGAGCCCUCAGAGCACAUGACCCAACUGGGGAAGUACUUGACCACAGAUUUGGAGAUGCCGCCCAUCCACUGGCAACGGUGUCUCUACGACUCCGUGGAAGAGCCCAUGGAUCUCGUUGUGAUGAGCUAUGUGCAGAUGGAGAUUAAGGGUCAGGAGUCAAGGGAUGCCCUGGUGAAGCGGCUGUGGAGUCGCCUUCGGCCGGGCGGCGUGUUGGUCUUGAUUGAGCAAGGAACCCCUACAGGUUUUCGCUUCAUGCAUCAUACCAGAGAGCUUCUGAUUUCCCGCGUGGGUGCGGACAACUUUCAUUUCGUUGCGCCUUGCUCCCAUGAGGGCAUGUGCCCUUUAGCCCUCACGGGCCGAGAUUGGUGCCACUUCUCCCAACGUGUCCGCCGCACUCCGCAUCGCGUGUACUGCAAGGGCUCCACGAAAAGGUUCUUGGAAGAGGAAAAAUUCAGUUUCCUCUGCAUUCGCCGUGCGCCAGGUCCAAGAUCCAUGUAUGCAUGCGAGGAGCACGCGCCAACGGCCCACGAGAAGUCGUAUUUUUGGCCACGGAUCCUCUUUCCGGUGAUCAAAGCAGGCGGUCAUUGCCUGGUGGAUGUGUGUGCAGCACCGCAGAACUUCGAGCGGCUGUCGGUGUCCAAGAGCAAACCCCACACCUUUGGAUACCGUUGGUCUCGGAGAGCCAUGUGGGGCGACCUCUGGCGCUUUCCGAAGCGCAUCGCCCGCCCAGAGGCACGGCUCUACAUCCCUGACAAGGCCCGAGAGCAUUUGGACCGCUUGGCCAAGCGUGCCUGGAAGGCGCUCAAGUGGGAGGAAAAUGAGCCAGGCUUCGAACAAGAGAAGGAACGAGAUCAGCAGUUCUAUGGAUCUUAGGAUUUCUUCGCGAUGGCCGGCAAACUCAAGUCACCGCUGGCCAAGAUGAAAGGGGAGAACGUGGCUAGGAAAGCCUUGUGUUGACUGCCCGACCCACA